AUGACAGAGCUGAAGGCAAAGGAUCCCCGGACUUCCCACGUGGUGGAUGGUGCACCUUCCACCUCCGAUGUUCAAUCCCCCCUUUUGGAUCAACCGGACCCCGACCCUUUUCAAUCCGUCCAGAACUCGGAAACCUCUCCUGUGGUCACGGCGCUCCCCAUAUCCCUGGACGGAUUACUCUUCACCAGAAGCAGCGACGAAGAGGAACCGCCGGACGGGAAGGGGGAAGGAGAGCAGGCGCUGCCCGAGGUGGACGGCGCGUAUCCCGUAGUAGGAGCAGGAUCAGGUGGAGGAGGCGGAGGAGGAAGAACUGGCAGCGUCCGACCCGCAGAUAAGGACAGCGGGCUGCUGGACAGUGUCCUGGACACGCUGCUGGCGCCCCCGGGGCCAGGACACGGUCACGCCAGCCCCCCCGCCUGCGUCGCCACCCCCUGGUGCCUCUUUGGCACAGAGCUCCCUGAAGACCCUGGGGCCGCCCCCUCAUCCCAGGGGGCGCUGCCGCCGCUCAUGAACCGGCUGCCGGCCAAGGAGGGAGAAGUCUCAGGUGCUGCGGCCUCGCACAAGGUCCCGCCGGGGGGACCGCCUCUGUCCCGGCCGCUGCUGGCCGCCAGCCCCCAGUGGCCCGACGUAGCCGCUAAGCCGCCGCGGGCCGAGGAUGGGCCCGAGAGCUCGGCGGGGCACCUCCCCAAGGGCAGGUCCAGGGCCUUAGCAAGCGGCGGCGCUGGGGCGGCGGUGGCCACGGCCCCGACCCUGCCGCCCGCGGGAGGCGUCCCCCCGGUACCUAGGGACGAUCCCCGCUUCUCAGCGCCCAGAGCCGGCCCAGCGGCCGAACAGGAGCCGUCGACGGCCCCGGGGCGCUCCCCGCUGGCCACCUCGCUGAUGGACUUCAUCCACCUGCCCGUCCUCCCGAUCAACCCAGCCUUCCUGGCGGCUCGCACCCGGCACCUGCUGGAGGUAGAAGGCUACGAGGGCGGCUCCGGAGCCUUCACGCAGCCCCGGGACUCGCCCGCUUCUUCGUCCACCCCGGGAGCUGGGGGCGACUUCCCGGACUGCGCCUUCCAGCCGGACGCGGAGCCCAAGGACGACGCCUACGCGCUGUACGGAGACUUCCAGCCGCAGACGCUGAAGAUCAAGGAGGAGGAGGAAGGUGGGGACCGCGCAGCCCGCUCCCCGCACUCUUACCUGGUGCCCGGCCCCAACCCGGCUGUCGGCCCAGACUACGCGCUGGGACUCCAGCUGCAGCCUCCGCCGCCGCCGCCGCCGCCCCCGCCCCCGCCGCGGGCGCUGUCGUCCAGACCCGGGGACUUGACAGCCCCAGCCAGCGCUUCCUCCUCGUCCUCCUCCUCUUCGUCGUCCUCCUCCUCAUCCGCAGCCGCCGCAGCCUCGCUCUCCACCCUCGAGUGCAUCCUUUACAAAGCCGAGUCGGCGCCGCCUCAGCCCAGCCCCUUUGGGCCCCUGCACUGCAAAGGGCCGAGCGGAGUCGGCUGCCUCCUGCCGCGGGACAGCCUGCCCUCCACCUCGGCCUCGGCCGCCGCCGCCGGCUCUCCCUCAGCCCUCUACCAACUGAACGGGCUCCCGCAGCUGGGCUACCAGGCAGCAGUUCUGAAGGAGGGCUUGCCGCAGGUCUACCCCCCGUAUCUGAACUACCUGAGGCCAGAUACAGAAGCCAGCCAGAGUCCUCAAUAUGGUUUUGAAUCAUUACCUCAGAAGAUUUGUUUAAUCUGUGGGGAUGAAGCUUCUGGUUGUCACUAUGGAGUCCUUACCUGUGGAAGCUGUAAGGUGUUCUUUAAAAGGGCAAUGGAAGGACAGCAUAACUAUUUAUGUGCUGGGAGAAAUGACUGCAUAGUUGAUAAAAUUCGCAGAAAAAACUGUCCAGCGUGUCGUCUAAGAAAAUGCUGUCAGGCUGGCAUGGUCCUUGGAGGUCGAAAAUUUAAAAAGUUCAAUAAAGUCAGAGUCAUGAGAGCAUUAGAUGCUGUUGCUCUCCCACAGCCAGUGGGCCUUCCAAAUGAAAGCCAAGCUCUAACACAGAGAAUCACCUUUUCACCAAAUCCAGAAGUUCAGUUGAUCCCUUCACUGACCAACCUGUUACUGAGCAUUGAGCCAGAUGUUAUCUAUGCAGGAUAUGACAACACAAAACCUGAAACAUCCAGUUCUUUGCUGACCAGUCUAAAUCAACUAGCUGAGAGGCAACUUCUUUCUGUAGUGAAGUGGUCUAAAUCACUGCCAGGAUUCCGUAACUUACAUAUUGAUGAUCAGAUAACUCUCAUCCAAUAUUCUUGGAUGAGUUUAAUGGUGUUUGGACUGGGGUGGAGAUCAUAUAAGCAUGUCAGUGGCCAAAUGCUAUAUUUUGCACCUGAUCUGAUACUUAAUGAACAGCGAAUGAAAGAUUCAUCAUUUUAUUCCUUAUGCCUUACCAUGUGGCAAAUCCCACAGGAGUUUGUCAAGCUUCAAGUUAGCCAAGAAGAAUUCCUCUGUAUGAAAGUGUUAUUGCUUCUCAAUACAAUUCCAUUGGAAGGGCUGAGAAGUCAGAACCAGUUUGAUGAGAUGAGAUCAAGCUACAUUAGGGAGCUCAUCAAAGCCAUUGGUUUGAGGCAGAAAGGAGUUGUGGCUAGCUCACAGCGUUUCUACCAGCUUACAAGAUUUAUGGACUCCCUGCAUGAUCUUGUGAAACAGCUCCAUCUCUACUGCUUGAACACAUUUAUCCAGUCCCGGGCACUGAGUGUUGAAUUUCCAGAAAUGAUGUCUGAAGUUAUUGCUGCCCAGUUACCCAAGAUCCUUGCAGGGAUGGUGAAACCUCUUCUCUUUCAUAAAAAAUGAAUGUUGAUUUUUUUCUUCUUAAAAAAUGGAUUACAUUUUGUGGAAUUUCUGUUUUGUUUUGGUCAAAAUUUUGGUGUCUUAAAAUUUUUAAAUAUUCUGCUAAUGCCUUAUAUUUGUAAUAUAACAUGCAGAGCAAUUUUAAGAGAGAUAUUGUGGAACACAAAUGAGUUUUCUUUAUAAAGCAUAAUUAGCAUUUUGUAAAUGUUUUGUGUACUCUUAUUUUCUUUAAAAAUUCACAAGAUUGGAAAAGUACUUAAAAUUGAAUGUUAAGCGGAACUUCAUUUACAUUUUAUUUCAUAGAAUUUAAAGAGAAUUUUUUUCCCUAUUACAUCUAACAAACCUUCAACUUAAAAGACAAAUGUACAGAAAAUAAAGUGUUCAUUACA